AGAGGGGGUUAGAGUUAGAAUUGGAGUGUUCUAUGCCUUGUGAAAGAAAAGAGAGUUUUGAAAAUCCUUAGAGUUAAGUGUGAAGUGUGUAACAUAUUAAAUGUGCAACUCAUAUUCUGGAAAUGACAGAAGAGUUUGCAGAGAAGAACCUGGAAAAUCGAGCUGAAGUUUAUUUGAAGGACAUGGUGCUUCCGAAUAUAUCAAAUUCAAUAUCUGUUCUCCACCAGUAUGAGAGCCUUCUGCUUGUAUCCGAAGAGAUCAAUCUGGUUAACAGACUUAUCAAUGCAAUUGCAAAUAAUGCAUGCAAAGAGCAGCUCACCUCUGGUUUAUUGAAACUUGACCACAAUUUUCCAGGAAAAUUUGUGCCAAACAUGGAACCAGAAACACCCUCAGAUUGGUGGGGAAAGUCUCUCAUUGUGCUUAAUCUUGAUUUCUUCCAAAGAGCUCUUCCUACAGUGAAGUCAAAAGGCCUAAAACAGGAUAUGAUCAACAAAAUUCUGAUAAACUAUGCUCAUAAUUCUCUUCAAGGCCUUGUUAUGAGAGAUCCUCACUUGGUUAAAGGAGGUCUGCAGGAUUUGGAGCAGCAAAGGAAGCAAAGAGUCAUUGUUGAAGCAAUAAUAAGGUUACUUCUGACUCAAUACAAGAAGAGUCCGGUACCAAUGGCGUUUCUCUCAAGUUUGUUGAAAAAUGCAAUAGCAUCCUCCGCAUCCACUUGUUGCAGAUCCGAUCUGAAAGGGCGGAUCAGCCUGCAACUCGACCAAGCAAUUCUUGAAGACAUCUUGAUUCCUUUGAAUUCACACGGAAACAGUCAUUCAAGCAUGUAUAACACAGAUUCGAUCCUCAGGAUCUUCUCCAUAUUUCUGAAUCUUGAUGAAGAUGAUGAUGAAGAUAAUCCUUUGAGAGAUGAAAGUGAAAUGGUGUAUGAUUUCGACAGUCCUGGAUCUCCAAAACAGAGUUCAAUUCUCAAAGUAUCGAAGUUAUUGGAUAAUUACCUUGCAGAAGUGGCGUUAGAUUCAAAUUUGUUACCAUCGAAAUUCAUCGAACUUGCAGAAUUGCUUCCGAAUCAUGCUCGAAUCAUCAGCGAUGGAUUAUACAGAGCUGUAGAUAUCUUCCUCAAGGCUCAUCCAAACAUAAAGGAUUCAGAACGUGUUGUACUUCGAGAAAAUUCGUCUCGGGAACACGAUGAACAACGGCCACAACCAGUUCUUCUUCGACGUAAUCAACGGCCAGUUUCCUCAGCGAUCGAGCAGCGGAGCGGUGCAAUCUCUCUGAGAGACAACUACGCGUCGGUGAGGAGAGAGAACCGGGAGCUGAAGCUAGAAGUGGCGUGGAUGAGGAUGAGGCUAACGGAUCUGGAAAAAGACCACGUAUCAAUGAAACAGGAGCUGGUGCGCUCCCAUCCCGCCAACAAGCUAUUCAAAUCAUUCACUAAGAAACUGAGCAAGCCAAACGCCCUGUUCAGGCUCAACAACCUGAAGCCAAUCAACGGCAAGGCGAACUUAGAUUCCCGAUUCCCGUUCCAGAAACGACAGUGACACUCGAUGUCGUGAACUCGUGAUGAUUUGACGAGGAUGGUCAUGUGUAAAGAGAUAGAGAGCGUGUGUGUGAUUUGUUUAGUAGUAAUGUGUAGUGUGAUAAUUAAUUAAUUUUCGUAGGUUAAUUUUUGAAUGUGGUUUUAUUUCUGAUCAUGUUUGUGUUGGGAGAUCACUACCAACAAUUUGGUGAAAACAUGUUGUUCUAUAUGCUUGAGAUUUUGUGUGAUAUUUCAAAUAUAAGCAAGUUUGGGUU